GCGCCGUAGGGGGGUGGAGGCGGAAGUGGCGGCGCCGGCCCCGGGAGUAGGAAGGAGCCGGGGCUGCAGCCGGAGUGGAGUGGCUGCCAGCCGAGGAGCAGGCGCGGCCGCGGCGCCAUAUUGCGGCCCCAAGCGGCCGCGACCGAGUCAUGGCCGAGACCUACGACUUCCUCUUCAAAUUCCUGGUGAUUGGCAGUGCAGGAACUGGCAAAUCAUGUCUCCUUCAUCAGUUCAUUGAGAAUAAGUUCAAACAGGACUCCAACCACACAAUCGGCGUGGAGUUUGGAUCUCGGGUGGUCAACGUGGGUGGGAAGACUGUGAAGCUCCAGAUUUGGGACACAGCUGGCCAGGAGCGGUUUCGGUCGGUGACACGGAGUUACUACCGAGGGGCGGCUGGAGCCCUGCUGGUGUAUGACAUCACCAGCCGGGAGACGUACAACUCACUGGCUGCCUGGCUGACGGACGCCCGCACACUGGCUAGCCCCAACAUCGUGGUCAUCCUCUGUGGCAACAAGAAAGACCUGGACCCUGAGCGUGAGGUCACCUUCCUGGAGGCCUCCCGCUUUGCCCAGGAGAAUGAGCUGAUGUUCCUGGAGACUAGCGCCCUCACGGGUGAGAACGUGGAAGAGGCUUUCCUGAAGUGUGCCCGCACCAUCCUGAACAAGAUCGACUCAGGCGAGCUCGACCCUGAGAGGAUGGGCUCAGGCAUUCAGUACGGGGACGCCUCCCUCCGCCAGCUGCGGCAGCCUCGGAGUGCCCAGGCCGUGGCCCCUCAGCCCUGUGGCUGCUGAGACGUGUGUGCAGAGCCAGCUCACCCGUUCUCCAGGACCAGCCCUGCCCUUCUGGCUGGGGCCCAGACCCAGGCCCUGGGAGGCCGAGCCCCUCACCUGUCCUAGCCCCAGAGAAGCUGCCCCGCCACCUGUCCCCCUUCCCUGGCCUGGUGGGGCCUGGCUGAGGGGCAAGACUGAGCCACGGGGGAAGGGGGAAUCCGUACCUGCUGCUGCUUCCUCUGUCUUGGCUAACCUCUGUCCCCCCGGAACCCCUAACCAUACUCAAAGAGUUCCCAAAGCCUGAGACCAGGGCAUUUGGCCCCAGCUCCCCGCCAUUGCGAGUACGUGUUAUUUAUUGCCUGGAGGCCUGUCCAGUCCCCACUCCACCCCCAUAAAGCAUUGUUUACACCUG